CGCGCGCGCGCGGAGGGGACGGCCGGGGGCGGGGGCUAGCUGCACGUGAAGGUCGCCUGCCAGAUCGCCGUCCUCUCUCCCUUCCUCGCUUCCUCCGAUCGGUCCUUGUCGGCUCACAGGUCGGGCCCGGCAUGGACCCUUCGUCCGCCGCGGGAGACUUGGGGGCGGCCGUCAACGACCCGCAGCUGCAGCACUUCAUUGAGGUGGAGACGCAGAAGCAGCGCUUCCAGCAGCUCGUGCACCAGAUGACGGAGCUCUGCUGGGUAGGGAAGAGCUGAUAGCCCGGGGCGCAGGCGGAGGCCUCCUUCGUGCUGCUCGCGGUUGACCUUUGGAACUCUCUGCCGCAAGAUUCGCUGCAGCAGGCUUAGAGGAUCGGGCCAUAGCUGUCAACGUUUCCCCCUUUUUAAGGGAAAUUCUGAAUAGGAUUCCUCGCAAGAAAAGGGAAAAGUUGACAGCUAUGGAUCGGGCAGAGUGUCCGGAAGAGGCGGUGGAGGGGGGGGGGGAUCAGAUGGAAAUCAUGAUGGAGGAGGAAGAGGGCCGAGGGGCUAAAGCCCACUCCCCACUCUUUCAUGCUACGUGCAAUUAACUUGCGGCACGUGCUGCCGCAAGAUGGGGAGCAGAUCCGCAGGGUACAUUUAAAACACAUGAUUUCCAACCCCCCCCCCAAGAAUCAUGGGAAAUAUAGUUUCCCCUUCAGAGGCACAGUUCUCGGACCCUUUACAUUACAGAGCCCAAUAUUCUUUGGGGGAAGCUAUGUUCUUUAAAUGUGCGUUGAAUGUGGAUUUGCCUGUGGUGGUGAGACCAGAAAUGUGCUUUAGAAGGUGGUCUAUCAAAAUCGAGGAGGAGGACUUGUACCUCUGAGGUGAUGUUUGGCUGUGAUGUGGUUGCUCAAUUUAAAUUAAUUCCCCCCCAAUGCAAGGUGAUCCUCAGGGCCCCUGCCAACUCUAUGAUUCUGUCUCUGUCUAUGUGGCGAUGGACAGACGCUUUAAAAGUAGGUCAUGCAAAGGACUGGUGUCCCUCUAGGGGUUAAUUCUUUUUUUGUGGUACAUACUGACUUGUGAAACUUACUGCUACAAGCUGCAGUGAUGGCCCUUGUCUUGGGUGCCUUUAACAGGAGAUCAAACAAAGUCACAGUGAGCAAGGAGGACUGAAGGCUCUGGGAGCGAAGUCUUUCAGCCUACGCAUUCUUAACUGCUUUGAGGGUGCCCCCCCCACAAGCAAUGCAUACAUUUUAUGAAAUAAUACAGAAAUUGUGGAUACUGAUGGCCCCUGGUUUGUUGUUGUUUAGUCAUUUAGUCGUGUCCGACUCUUCGUGGCCCCAUGGACCGGAGCAUGCCAGGCACUCCUGUCUUCCACUGCCUCCCGCAGUUUGAUCAAACUCAUGCUGGUAGCUUCGAGAACACUGUCCAGCCAUCUCGUCCUCUGUCGUCUCCUUCUCCUUGUGCCCUCCAUCUUUCCCAACAUCAGGGUCUUUUCCAGGGGGUCUUCUCUUCUCAUGAGGUGGCCAAAGUAUUGGAGUCUCAGCUUCAGGAUCUGUCCUUCCAGUGAGCACUCAGGGCUGAUUUCCUUCAGAAUGGAUAGGUUUGAUCUUCUUGCAGUCCAUGGGACUCUCAAGAGUCUCCUCCAGCACCAAAAUUCAAAAGCAUCAAUUCUUCGGCGAUCAGCCUUCUUUAUGGUCCAGCUCUCACUUCCAUACAUCACUACUGGGAAAACCAUAGCUUUCCAUAUAUGAAAACCAUAUAUGGACCUUUGUUGGCAAGGUGAUGUCUCUUCUUUUUAAGAUGCUGGAGCAGGAACCAGCAAGCCACCCCAGUAUCCCUGCCAAGAAAACUCCAUGGACAAAGACAACAGGCCCCUGGUUUAGGUGGCUUUAAAAGACAAUUGGAUGAAGUCCUGGAGGAGGAGGAGAGGUCUAUUGAUUGGCUAAAUAAAAGUUCUAGAUUCUGAGGCUUUUGAAUUCCCUGUGUUGCUGGAAACAACCAGUGGCUGUGCGUGUGGCUACCGGGAAUUCAGUUCCUGGAAAGAAGCCACUGUGAGAAACUCGAUGGUGGACAUGAUGGACUAUGGAUCUGAUCCAGCCAUGGCUCUCUUUAUGUUUGUAUUGGCGGCCUUUGGUGAGUGGGUGCAAAUUCACUGCUGCUUACACUCACCAUCAUAGCAGGGCUCCAACUUCUUUAAUAGCUGUAAUGUAGUAAGUGUAGUAAGUGGUGUUGGCAUGGAGAUAUACUGGUGAGGACGUAAACACCUAUUGAAAUUGCUGGUACUGCUGCUGAUAAUGCAUGCAAGCAAAGAAUGACAGAUGGUGAGUGAUGACUGGAAUAAUAGUCCAACAACAUUGGGCAUGGGGAGGGCAUAGAUUCCUCAGUCCUGUUUUACCUAGGAAUGCAAAGAGAUUGAACGUGAACCCUUCUUCAUGAAAGAGUGUGCUGUACCACUAAGAUAUAGCUCCCAGGUGGAGACAGGCCAUGAAUCAGGAAACUGCAGGGGAUAUUGCAGUUUAUUUUUUUAUGUUAGCCUUCUCAUCAUUGAAACAGCUGUGGCGGCGGCACAGUGGAAGGCAAUGAGGAUGGAGAGGCUACCUGGGUGUUUGUGUUCUGAGCCAGCUGUUCUGUUUAGAGUUACAGGACAGGAAAUCCAGGCAUGUCCCUCUUGUACAUUGCAAAAAGGGUGUGGGUGUGUUUUGGGACUGGUUCUGUGGUUCAAAAUUCUGAACUGCUGGUGUCUCUUGAAUGCCCCUAAGCCCUAUAUACUAGGAAGAGAAGGGGUAUAACUUGUGUGUGCAAAAGGCACUAACUUCAAUUCCUGGCAUCUCCAGGUAGAGCUGGGAAUGUUCCUCAUCAGAAAUCACUGUCAGUAGUCAGAGUCAGUAUAAGGCAGCUUCCUGUGUUCCCAAACAAUGCUUACUCUUCCAUAUCUUUAAUAGGAGAAAUGUAUGGACAAGCCUGGCCCCAAGUUGGACAGCCGCGCGGAGACCUGCUUUGUGAACUGUGUGGAGCGCUUCAUUGACACCAGUCAGUUCAUUCUCAACCGACUGGAGCAGACACAGAAAUCCAAGUCGCCCUUCUCCGAAAACCUCUCUGACUGAUUUGGGUGCUGCAAUGCCUCAGUUUCCUUCCUUAACGAGAAACCAACCUACUGAAUUGAGAGAAGAGGAGGUGGAGAACAAGGAGAACAAGCAGAAGAAAGGAUCAAAGUUGUGAAGGACGUUGGCCUCCACAUUCAGGACAGACUUCUGGGUUUCCUGGCCAAUGUGAGCAGUUCUGGUUUUAAAUUCCCAUCUUGUGAACAUUUAGCAGUCAGACAAGUGAAGCCUUGCUGAUUCACAUGGGCUUGUGCUGCCCAGGUUUUUUUAAUUUUGCUGUUGGAUAACAAGAGCUUCACAGCAGAACUGUAGCAUCAAACAACUUGCUUUCCCAGUGGUGUGGCCAGGGAAGCACACCUAUCAAUAUUCAAUAAUUUCUUCUGUUUUGAAAUGAAGGGAACUGGGAGGUUUCAGACAUGAAUGUUGAUCCUGGGAAAAGCAAAGGUGCCUUUUUAAAAUGGUACUGUGUUUUAGCACGACUCUUUUAAGUGAUAUAAAUUGCUCACCUGCAGCUUGAACAUGUGGCUGAGUUGACCCUUUUGUAAACCGCAACUAGUGUUGCGGUUGAACAGAAGGAGGCUGACUUUGCUUGCUGUCAUGUGCCAUUUAAGGUGCAUAUUCAAGCCCUCCUUUACAUAGCUAGGAAGAAGUAACCCCAGAGGACAUGGGAACUGAAUACCACUCAUCUGGUCAUGUAAAUGUUUCACUUACCAAGUACAAAAGUCAAUUUUAACUUUCUCCAUUAAUUCCUUUCCUGCUGAUCAGUGGAAUAAACAUCAAUUACAUUCAUUUUAAACUGCCUGUUGAGUCGGUGGUGAUUCCUUCUGCUUUGAUUGCUAGGGAUUUAGAAAUAGGAAUAGAAAUAGGAAUAAGGGGAGCUCUGGAAAAUUUUCUCUUUGCCAUUUUUGUCGUUGGGAUUUAAGCAGUUUUAAAGACUAAGGAAGCUGCUCCUGAUCUGGCUGCAGUGGGUUUGGUGGAGGGAAACUGUUUUUCUCCAUUGUUGUGCUAGACUGUGUGACUGACCUUGACAUUCUUUAGCUAUAAGUUCAGAAAGAGAAAAGCUCAGACGUGGCUCUAAAGCAGCAACACAAUUUGAGGAGUCGGUAAUGUCAGCGUUAAAUGAUAUUAAAGAAGGAUUAGAUCGUAACACAGCAUCUGUUAAUAAGUUGGAAAAAAGGAUUGAACAUUUAAGUACCGACUUGAAAGAUGUGAAAGAUAAGAUACCCACACAUACGCAGGUUAAGUACUUAAUUGGUUCCGGAAGUCCGUUCUUAACCUGAAGCGGACUUUCCCAUUGAAAGUAAUGGAAAGUGGAUUGAUCCGUUCCAGACGAUGAAAAAUACUCCUAAAACAGCAAUUUAACACGCAUUUUACUGUCUAACGAGACCAUUGAUCCAUAAAAUGAAGGCAAUAAUCAAUGUACUGUACUAUAAAAUAAAUAAGACAGUAUUUUAGAUGAAAAAAAUUAACAUUUUUUCCCCCCUUACGUGCACUGAUGAUAAAUCAGUUUGGGGGGCUUUUAUCCAUUUCUGAAGUCACACAAUCAACCAGUAGCUGAACUGGGUUCUACACAGUCACAAAAACAAGUCACAAAAGUGUAGUCACAAAUCAGUCCCAUAAAAUGAAGAACAAGUCACAGUCAAAAAACCGAAAAAGUCACACAAACC